AUGACCUCCAAAGUCGAUAUUGAGCCAAACGCUCACCACCUUGAGUCCGUGGACAUGGCUGAAAAGGAUACCAACACCCCUCGAGAUUACGCCGGUGCUGUUCUUACACGAACCCCAGCAGAGACCAAACUUCCAAUCUUGUGGCUCAUGUUCUGGUUGAACUACCUCGACCGUAAUGCCAUCGCCAUUGCAAGACUCAACUCACUUGAAAGUGACCUGAAUCUCAAAGACUCCGAGUACCAAACUUGCGUGUCGAUCCUUUUCGUCGGAUACAUCUUCGGAGGCAUUCCCUCUAACAUGUUGAUUACUCGUGUCAGACCCUCUAUUUAUAUGGGCAGCGUCAUGGCGGUCUGGGCAAUCGUGUCUGCCUUAACGGCAGUCGCGAAUAACUACAUUGGCCUUCUUCUUGUUCGAUUCUUCUUGGGCAUUACCGAGGCACCUUACUAUCCUGGCGCACUCUACCUUCUGUCCAUUUUCUACACCCGUAAGGAAGUUGCAACCAGAAUGGCCGUACUCUACACCGGAAAUAUUAUAGCGACGGCGUUUGCUGGCCUUAUCGGCGCUGGUGUGUUCCAUGGCAUGGAUGGUCUAGCCGGUCUCGCUGGAUGGCGAUGGCUCUUCAUUCUUCAGGGUGCGGUUACAUUUGUUGUCGCCAGGAAAGGGUCAUUGCAGUGCACCGGAUUCAUCAGGACACUGUUGGCGAAACUGGGGAAGCUACUAGUUUUGGCGGUUUUAAAGGACGCCUUAAAGGAUCGCAGAGUUUGGCUGUUCGUUUUCAUCCAGCACAUGCAUCUCGCAGCCAACGGUUUCAAGAACUUCUUCCCAACUGUUGUUGAAACCCUCGGCUUCGAUACCACCAUCACCUUGGUUUUGACAUGCCCUCCAUACCUUAUCGCAGGAGCAAUUAGCGUAUACUGGUCAUGGUCUUCCGGAAAGUACAACGAGCGGACAUGGCACAUUACAAUCGCCAAAGGUGUUGCAAUCCUCGGCUUCGUUCUGGGCUGCGCUACUCUCAAUAUGGGCGCCCGAUACUUCGCUAUGAUAGUUUUCUCUGUGGGCACAUAUGCCGUUAACAGCAUCGUGCUUGGAUGGGUUAGUUCCACAUUCGGUCAGACAAAGGAGAAAAGGGCCGUUGCCAUUUCUAUAGUGGUUAGCACUAGCAACAUCAGCUUCAUUUGGACUCCGUAUCUUUGGCCAAAGAGCGACGGCCCACAAUACGUCACGGCACUUGCUUCCUCGGCAGCGUUUUCGUUUGCGACCCUUGCGGGUGCCUGGGCGAUGAAGUUUAUUCUCAUGAGACAGAAUAAGAAGAUUAGACAGCGAGAGGGUGAUGCGACUCUCUUCUUUGCCUAUUAG